AUGGAGAAAAAGAAAAACUUAUCUGAAGAAGAACGCGCCGUGUUGCUGGAACUGCUCUCACGCCACCGCAGCGUCGUGGAAAACAAGAGGACUGACGCGGCGUCCGUGAGUCGGAAACGACAGGCCUGGGAAAAAAUCGAGAAAGAAUUUAACUGCCGCCACAACGUGACGCCGCGCAAAUGGAUCCAACUGAAGAAAUGCUGGGAGAACUUGAAAGACAAGUGGAGAAGAACAAACGCUGAAGACAUGCGGGAGCGGUUUGCUACAGGUGGCGGAACACCACCACCAAGCCAGAUGACCGACGAGCUGCAGCGCGUUGGAGACAUCGCGUCACACAUGGCUGUUCGGCUGCCCAAUCCCUGUGACAGUGACCGCAGCCGGCAUAAUGCUGUGCCAGGGGGAUCGCAGCCUUCCAAAUCGCAGUGCACACCUGCUGUCGCUGCACUGCUGUCAGAGACUCAAGACAGGCCUCUGGAACAGUUCGCUGGUUGUCAAGACAUGUACGACGAAUCAACAGACCUCUGGUCAUGGGACGACAACAGUAGCCCGAUGGAAGAUGCUUCAACAAAUACUGCACGCCCCCAUGGCCAAGUACAAGACACUUCAGACAGCCAACCACGCAAUGGCGGUGGUGCAAAACCAUCAGAGGCUGCAGCUGUACCAUCUGCAGCAAGUUCCAGUGCCGCUGCAGCGGCAAGUUCUAGCGCCGCUGUGCCAGCUGGCACGAAACGCGCUUCAACCUGCAGCAGCCAGAGGCAAACGGCGGUCUCAAUUGAAUUGGGUGCCCGCCUAGAUGCCAUCAAAGAGGACCGUGAUCAAAAAAAAAAGGAGCAUUUAUUGAGGCUGAAAUUCAUGCGCAUCGAACACAAGCAGAAGAAAGCACAGCACAGUGAAAAACUGGAGCUGUUUCGAUUAAAAAUAGCAAAUCAGAAAGCAAAGGCAGAAAUCGUUAAACUCCAACUCGACAUAAUGAAAAAACAGUACGAAUAA